AUGGCAGCUGGGGGUAGCUCCGCUGUGACUAUAGCGAGCAGCUGGUUCACGCUCUGCACGGCUGCCGUCAUCCCUCUUUAUAUGCUCAUGACCUUCGCGCCAGACUGGCACGUGACGGAGAAGAUCAUGAGCAGCUCGCUGCCGAGCAUUCUCCUGGGCUUCGUGUACCUCUACCUGCUCUACAAGUCGUGGACGCCCAACACGCUGCUCUACAUGUUCUCCUCCAAAUACUGGCUGCCCGAGCUAGCGGGCAUCACUCAGAUGUUCGCCAGCACGCUCACUGUCGCCUCCGCCUGGAUCCACCUGCUGGCCGUUGAUCUCUUUGCCGCCAGGCACGUGUAUCUGGACGGAUUGAAGCAGAAGCUGGAGACGCGGCACUCGCUCGUGCUCUGCCUCAUGUUUGGCCCUCUGGGCAUCGCCGCUCACUCCCUCACCAAAACCAUUGCGCAGGUAAGCCGCGUGUCAAGCCGAAUCCCGAACUAG